UCUGAGAGGCCAUUUUCGCCCUGACCGAGCCGCGUGAGCAUUUGAAAUUUGUUUUGCGAUUAUUGUACAGCCUCCAUUUCGACGCGCAAGCUGUCAAGCGCAGAUCAUGUGAUUGCGAGGAUGUGGGCUUGUCUUGUCGUCCGGAUCUGUCCGUAACCUACAGACGGCACCAAAGCCAGAACGCGAGGUUGUGGGCUUGUCUUGUCGUCCGGAUCUGUCCGUAACCUACAGACGGUACCAAAGCCAGAACGCGAGGUUGUGGGCUUGUCUUGUCGUCCGGAUCUGUCCGUAACCUACAGACGGUACCAAAGCCAGAACGCGAGGUUGUGGGCUUGAUGCAGCAGUGUUUGGACGGCUAGUCACGAAUGUGGGGGUACACAUCUCUUUGAAAUAUAUUGCUUGGAUAGAAUGUAACAGGCUAUAUUUAAACACCUCAUGGGGCAGACAGAUGCAAUGUUGUUAUAGGUUGAGAGAACUGAACGUCGUCAGCGUUGACACGCACACCGCUGUCCGCUUCAUCUGGUGCGGUUAUUGAAUCGUGUCUCUCCUCUUUUCACUCCUCCUCUCUUCCUCUUCUCCUCUCCUUUCUUUCAGCAUCACUGACAGAGGCUGCUGAUGCUGCCGUAGCUCGUGAAAAUAUUAUCCGUAGCAAAGUACCGGGACAGGGCUGUGUGUAAUUUAUCCCGGGCUAGAUGCUGUGAAUUAUCUCGCAGGAUUGUGAUUUGGGUUUACGGGAGGGAAUGCAUCAGAGACAUUGUGUUUCGUUUGCUCCGGUUUGAUUCUGUCACUGUCGUCUACAUUGCCUAGGAAAUUGGAGGCAUAGCCUAUUGCAGUCACUGCUGUUCUGUAAGCUAAAUGUCAUGUGUAAUAUCCGAAUGACAAUCUGAUAUUUGCUGUGUUUUUCAAGGAGGUAUUCCGGGGACAUACGCAAGUGACACGUGCCCAGAGAGCGAUGUGUCUGACAGACGGGCAUUCGUAGCCUACGAGAGAGGUGGGAGGGAAUUAUUUCUCACAUACACUAGUUCAGGAGUCGCCAAGUUCUCAGAGUUAUCAGUUAGGCUAAAUAUAGGAGCGAGCUUGCAGAUAAACGUUUUGACUAUCCAGUUUAUGCACCAGCAUCGGGAUGCGACGUCAUGAGUUGAAUAUGCUGGCCAGAUGUUACCUUUGAUGUGAUUCAAUCAAUCUAGGCUAGGCCUACUGUUGGGUGCUUUUUACAGCAGAAAUAACUACGGACUCCUGCAUUUCUCAACUUAAUUGACUAAUUAAUUAGCCCCCCCCGUUGCUUGUCUACCUAAUUUAAUUAAGCAUAUCUAGGCUACUUCAUAAUACCCGGACUUGGAUACAACACAAACUGUGCUACAAUGAUACCCGGAUCGGCCGCGUCGAUGCUCCCAUCUAUGUCAUCGGAUGACAUUAAACUAUACCAGCAUAACUACGUCCGCAACUCCCGUGCCAUCGGACUCCUGUGGGCCAUUUUCACCAUCCUGUUCGCCAUCUUGAACGUGGUGAUCUUCAGCCAGCCCUAUUGGAUCGGAGACGGCGUGGACACCCCUCAGGCCGGCUACUUCGGCCUCUUCCACUUCUGCACCGGCGACGGAAUCCAGAGAGAGCUCGACUGCACUGGGACCUUCACAGAGUUCGCUCAGAUCCCUUCCACCGCGUUCAAGGCCGCGUCGUUCUUCGUAGGAAUGUCGAUGAUGUUGGUGAUGGCUUGCAUCGCUUCCUUCACUCUCUUCUUCCUGUUCUCCACCACCACCGUCUAUAAGAUCUGCGGCUGGAUGCAGGGGGCCUCGGGUGUAUGUCUGGUGAUGGGCUGUAUAAUCUACCCUGACGGCUGGGACAGUGACGAGGUGCGGAGGAUGUGUGGGGAGCAGACGGACAAGUACAGUCUGGGAGCGUGCUCCAUGCGCUGGGCUUACAUCCUGGCUAUCAUGGGGGUUCUGAAUGCCCUCAUGCUCUCCUUCCUGGCUUUUGUACUGGGCAACAGGCAGGACGGACUCAUGACCGAGGAACUACUGGCCGAGAGCAAGGCUGGGAAUGCCUAAAACAACCCAUAGGUGUCUGCGUUUCCUAGUGUGUAUGUGUAACUUUCAUCAUCACGCUCCAGAGUUUUACCCAUCAUCCCCCAGAAGAGGACGACAUUGGCACACCAUGGCUGUGAGAGAGAGAGAAGAGAGAGAUCGAGAGGAGAAGAGAGUAAAAGAGAAAGAGAGGUGGACAAUGAGUGAGCGAAACAGAGUGGAGAGAGGGAGAGAAAUGCUAUGUAGCCAGAUGCCUCCCAUUCAUUCACACAUGUACUGUAUUCUAUUUCUCACCUUCUAGUCUAUGCUGGAUCUGCCAAUGAUAUGUACAUCUACCCCUGGGGCGGCAGGGUAGCCUAGUGGUUAGAGUGUUGGACUAGUAACCGGAAGUUCAAACCCCCGAGCUGACAAGGUACAAAUCUGUCCUAUUCUGCCCCUGAACAGGCAGUUAACCCACUGUUCCUAGGCUGUCAUUUAAAAUAAGAAUUUAUUCUUAACUGACUUGCCUAGUUUAAAUAAAGGUACAAUUGAAAAAAUCUCUAUUAUAUUGACCCUGCUCACAGUCCUACAGUCUCUCUACCUCCACACUAUUCCACUAUCACUGAACCCCAGCAGAGACAAGACAAUCUUCACACAGCCGAUCAUCGACAGAGACGUAUGGAUUAUCUGCAAGAAUAUGGAUGAAGAAGACUGGGUUGAAGUAUUGUUCUUGAAAUCACGUAUUGUAGUGAGAGAAAACUCAGACACACUCACACACACACACACACACUCAGACACACACACAGAGACACACACACACACAGACACACUAUCACACUCAUGUAGACAGUCACAUUUGAACGCGUACAGUGCAUUCGGAAAGUAUUCAGACCCCUUGACUUUCCACAUUUUGUUUACGUUACAGCCUUAUGCUAAAAUGGAUUACAUGUUCUUUUUCCCUCA